AUGCAUAACGAAAGCCUUUUAUCUGGCCCUAUACAAAAGUUAUUGACGUCUGUUCACUUCCAUGACACAAAAACGGAAGGAAGACCCAGUAUCUAUCUUUUUAUUUUUGCUAAUCCUCUCUCUGGAGAUCAAAAAGGUGAAGAUCUGAUUCAGCUCCCUGUUCAGCAUUUUCGAUUACGACGAUUCCCACAGAUACAGGUAGAAAUUCAUAAUAUAUUGGAUGCAAAGGAUCGUAAGAUAGGAAUAGAGAGCAUAAAGCUAGUGGAAAGAAUGGUCAAGUGGGGUCGGCUACCAACAUUGGAGUCCCAAAAAGAUGAACUAUCGUCGGAAAUGGAUGAGCAGGUUAAAAGCCGGCAUAUUCAUGUCUGGAGUGCAGGAGGAGAUGGAACAGUGAUGAGCGUCUUUGAAUUACUUGUUCGUCAUAAUAUCGACUUGAAUCAUAUUUUCUUUUCAUGUAUCCCUCUCGGUACUGGCAAUGAUUUCAGUCAAGUUUUGGGCUGGGGAAGAACACUUACGCAUCCAAAUGUCUUGGGUAAGCGACUGGAGUAUCUGGAACAAUUGAUAACAGAACGUUUAGAAAAAUCGAAACCAGCACGAUUGGAUAUUUGGCAAGUGAAGAUGUCAUCCCAUCCCAACGGAUACGUGAAAAUGGCAGGCCCGAGAAGAAAAAUCACUUAUGAUGGUUCAGAGAGAGAAGAUUACCCUCAAGAUGAUGCAGACUCUACAGUCAUGGUCAGAAAAAUGUGCAAUUACAUGUCGAUAGGUGUACAAGGCUACGUAGGCAGUGGUUUUGAAAAGCAUAGAGCUGGCAAGAGAUAUUUCAAUAUGAUGGUGUAUGCUUGGGAAAGUUCCAAAUGGGUUCUUUUCAAAAGAUUUCCCUUGGUAUCAAGCUUUAUCCAUAAAAUAAAGCAUCAAGAUCAAACCGUUCUGCAAUGCCAGUGUUCUGAUACAUCAGCAACAGCGGCAAACAGCAGCAAUGAAAAUGUCCCAGAAUUGACAAGACAGCCUAUUGAUUUUGUGAUUCAAAACAUACCGCAUAUUUGGGGUAGAGAAGUUGAUCUUUGGGGCGAUGCCAAAAAGUCUGAUGGUGCUGUUGAAAACCGGGCAAAUUUUACUGAUCCAGCGAAUUGGUCUAGACAACUAGCAAACGAUGGAAAAAUUGAAGUGAUGACACUUGAGGAUAAGUACAGUUACUUCAUGGAGUUGGCUAAUUUUCGCGGACACGUUUCUAAGAUCGGUCAAUUUGCAAGCCCCUUUGAAAUUCUAUUCAAUGAUCCUCCAUCAUCAUCUACUGCUGCUGCUGCCCCUGAAAACAGAAAGAGCACUAUUUCGAAAUUUUGGCAUCAACUCUUUGAAAAUAGAUUCAAGAAGGAUAAUAUAAUCUGUAUCAUGUGUGAUGGUGAAUUCUAUAUGAUGAAGAACCCCAAAUCACUGAAAAUUGAAAGAUUCGCACAAAUUUGGACUUUGGGAAAGUGCGAUGGAGAUAGCGUAGGUAGACUCGUAAAGGAUGAAGACGAAUUGACCUCUAGGCAAGAAGCUACAUGA